AUGAACAACAACAAUCAAGAAGAACAAAAAGCAACAAAUGAAUCAAAUCGUGAUUAUGAAUACUAAGAGAAUUAUUACAUAUGUGAAGUUUUUGAAGACUAAAGCAUAUUAAAAAGCUAAAUAAUUGAAGCUAAAAAUGAAAUAGAUCACUUAAUAUGUCCCAUAUGUAUGAAUAUUUUAUGGAAACCCCUUUCAUGUUCUGAAUGUUUACAAUCAUUUUGCAAAGCCUGUAUUAAUUAAUGGUUGUAAUCAAAUUAGCAAAGAUUAGAUUAGUAACAACAAUAAUAACAAUAAAAUAAUUUGAGAUAAGGCUCGUAUUAAUAAUAGUAAAGAGCCAUAAUGAAUAAUAGUAAUUCAAAUAAUACAUAACCCAAAAGUAAAAACAGGGACUGUUGUCCAAAUUGUAAGAAAAUAUUUAAAGGCACAAAUAUGCCUUUGAUUAAUAAAUUGUUAGGAGGUUUAAAAUUAAAAUGUUUUUAUAAUUAAAACGGUUGUAACGAAGUUUUAAAUUACGAUUCAUACGAAAAGCAUGUUAUUGUUUGUGGAUAUUUAGGUUUGAAAUGUGAAGGAUGCUAAAAGGUUGUAUUUAAAAAAAGUAUGCAAGAGCAUUAAGAAACAUGUUUAGAAGUAUUAGUAAAAUGUGAGAAAUGUUAAUUAAAAAUUGCCAGGAAAUUUUUUAAUGAGACUCAUACUUAAGUAUAUUGUAUGGAAUAAUAACUGAAAUAAAAAGAUAAGAAAAUGUCUAGUAUAUAAAAUUAAUUGAAUGAAUAAAAUUUGUAAAUUUAAAAAAUGUAGUAAUAAAUAAAAAUUUUAAUGGAAGGAUAAAUAUAGACUAUUCAAUCUUUUGUUUUUUCUACUUAUUUUGGAAAAUAUUUUAAGUUUUUAAAUAAUAGAGUUUUACUUGAAAACGAUUCAUAUAAUGAUUAAAAAAAAAAAAAAGAUUUUCUCCAUUUUUUUAUUAAUAAGUCGUUUUCUGUACAUUCGCCUAUUAUAUAUAUUUGGAGAUUAAUAAUCGAAAAACUUCAAGGAAAUAUGCUUAUUGGUAUUAGCGAUUCUUAAACUUAAAAUUCAAUGGAUUUUAUUGUAAAUAAAGGAGGAGAUAUUAAAAAAAAAGAAAAGUCAGAAAAUAAAUAUAAAUAAAAAGAAAAAAGCAAAGAUUUUGUUUUCUAAGAAAAUGAUGUUAUAUAAAUUAAAUAUAUGCCCUUUAUUUAUACUGUUGAAUUCAAUAAUCUCACAUAAAACGUUAUUUGUAAUUUCGAUUAAAAAUAUAUUUUAGAAUUCUCUAGUUCUUUUUAUUUUUUCUUUUCUUUAGAUCAUUAAGGAGAUACUUUGUCUUUUGUUGGUAUUUGA